AUGUCGACAACGAAGUUACAGGAAUGGCUUGAGGACGGUGGUAUUAAAGACCUUAAUUGGCUGCAACUAGAGGACUUCCCUGACACUGGCCGAGGUGUUAAAACGCUUCGACCUCUUAAACUCAACGAUGUAGUCCUCACAAUUCCAGGAUCCUACCUCUGGACGGUAGAUGCAGCAUUUGAUGACCCUCUUCUUGGGCCUGCUAUACGCUCCAUAAAACAACCGUUGUCAGUGGAGGAUACAUUAGCAGUAUUUCUUCUUUUUGUCAAAUCACGCGAAGAAGAUUACGAGGGAAGGCGAGCACAUGUCAAUUUAUUACCAAGCAGUUAUACAACGAGUGUAUUCUUUAACGAUUCGGAGCUAGAAGCCUGUUCUGGCUCGUCACUUUACCAACUUACCAAACAAUUGAAGCAGCAAAUGAAAGAAGAUUACCUUCAGCUCGUCAAUGACUUGUUUUCCAAGCAUCCGGAUCUUUUUCCAUUGGAAAAGUUUACAUUAGAUGAAUAUAUGUGGGCCAUUAAUACAAUCUGGAGUCGUGGUAUGGAUUUCCAGUUACCUGGCAAGCAAUUUCGAUGUAUUGCUCCUUUUGCCGACAUGCUGAAUCACUCACCUGAGGUUCAGCUUUGCCAUAUUUACGAUCCCCAAUUGAAUAAUUUACAGAUCUUUGCAGGAAAAGAUUACGCGAUAGGGGAACAAGUCUUUAUUAAUUAUGGUUCUGUUCCAAACAAUCGACUCCUUCGUCUUUAUGGUUUCAUAUUCCCUAACAACCCAUAUGACUCUUACGAUCUUGUUCUUACCACACACCCUCUGGCUCCCUUGUAUUCUCAAAAAGUUGCCUUACUUGAAUCAGCAGGUUUAAAAGUCGAUGAAACCUUCUCCCUUAAACUUUCUGACCCCCUUCCAUUGGAUGUGCUUCGAUAUUUACGGAUUCAACGCCUUUCUUCCUCGGAAAUAUCUACAGCAGAGGUCAAGCGCGGUGCCAGUAAUAUUAUCAGUGCUCGUAAUGAGGCUGAGAUUUUAAAUGCUUUGAUUGAAGCGUGUGAGGGUCUUUUGGCCGGGUUUGGCACUCCUCUUGAAGAACUUGAAGCAAAGGUUUCUUCCGGUGAAUACAAAAAAGGCGAUAACAUAUGGGCAGCAGCACUAGUCAGCGUUGGAGAACAGAGAAUUUUGAAGACAACAUUGCAUAAUGCAAAAGAGUUGCUUGCGUUGGUUAUUUGUGCUCAAUGUGGAAAAGCGAAUGAGGAUAAUAAGCGUUGUGGGAGAUGUCGAAAAGUGGUAUAUUGUGGGACUGAUUGCCAAAGAAGCCAUUAUAAGGAACACAAGGCUUUAUGUAGGAAAUAUGCUACUGAAGGACAACAAUAA